GUUAGAAAAUGUCAAGUUGCGCAUUACAUGGUAGUUGGCUAGACGUCGGCUUGGUCCUGACUUUAAACCUCACAUCGUCAUCAAUUUAGCUUCUCAUUCUACCACCGAGGAUACCGAGGGACUUACUAUAUUUAACACAAAGCAUAAACUGUUCCCAAUAAGCAGUCAACUUCCUCCUAAUUCGGCCAUAGUUAAAUUAAGAACCGUUGAUAGAUUCGGUCUAUAUACUGCUAGCUAACUCAAAUACGUCUUGGGGAUCUUUUUAAUCUGUCCAAUCUUAAUUGUCCUUCUUAAGGAAUACCCUAUACUUCCACCAUGGCGGCCAACAUACCCCAGAAGCUAAAACAGGUGGGCAUCACGCCCUUUAUCGUGCGCGCCACGCAACUCGAAGCCGCGAAACCUGUUAUGGCUUAUUGGUGCUUCUACUGGGCUGUAAACCAGAUCCUUGGUAAAAACCUACACUCCGCCGACGAAGAAUGCCACCUUUUUACUACGAAUCUUAUGGAGAAACUCGAGAAUAUAAAGGAAGAUCAGGCAGGAAACGAUGCAAUCCAUGACGAUGUGGCUGGCCAAGCGUACGUGGAACAGUUUGCGCAAGAGACCUUCGAGAGAGCGCUGCGACCGUUGAAAGCCAACAAAGUCACACAACAGACGGCGAGUACAUUCGAGGCCGCGGCGACGUUCUUCCAACUGAUUAACAUAUGGGCAACACCCGACCCCGAGACGCAAGAGAAGGUCAAGUACGCAAAGUGGAAUGCCGCCCGCAUACUGAAGGCGGUCAAAGAGGGAAGAGAUCCCAACGAGUCAAACCCGAAACAGGAAGAGGUCCAACAUGAAGAGGUGCCGCCGGCGCUAGACCCGAACGACCCAGAAGUGCAGAUGCUUGGAGGUACACAUCCCAAACCAGUGAGCAUAGAGGACGCGCCCGACGAAGAUUACAGACCACAUCCAACAUCGACCGGAUCUUAUCAGACUUUCCCUGCGCCUGUAUCUGCGCCGACUUCACCUCCAGCUCCAUCAGCAUUAGGACCCGAUCAAGUGUCUCCUAUAGCACCUCCCGGCCCGCCUACGUCAGACCCAGGAAAUUAUUUCCCCAGUGCCCCAGAUGACCUAAAUCUACCAUCUACAACGAAUAUGCCUCUUCCGGGCUCGAGUACCUUCAAUCUCACAGGAGCUCCCCCCGUAAUACCUAGUCAUAGCUCCCACGAUCCAGCCGGAUUACCUCCUGCUCCCUUUUCGCCUCCAGACGCGGCCCCAACGCCUCAAGACUUCUAUCGCCCUGCACAUACACCGCCAGUCGUGCCGCCGCCACAGAGACAGGUCACUCCUCAGGCGCCUCCGGAUGGUAGGAAUUACUAUUCACAGCCUUCACAGCCGGUAGUCCCGGCGCAGCAGUACGGCGGUAACAGCGGGCCUUCAAAUGCGUUGAAUACUGACGACAUGGCGAUCGUACAAGCACAGAAGCACGCUAAGUGGGCAAUUUCAGCGCUGAAUUUCGAGGACGUGCCAACGGCAGUGAGAGAGCUGCAGGCAGCGCUGGCUACAUUGGGGGCGCGAUAGUUACAUGUAUAGUAUGAAACUUUACGAUGCGAUUGAUACCUCAGUACUUCCAUGGCUGAACGGUUUCCAGUGGGGACUAUAAUAAUGGAGAAUUGAUAAAAUUAUGUUAUCACGCUGUGUUAUGUCGGCUUAUGCCAACGUUAUUAGAUAUAUACAUGAGACCUACAUAAGAAUGGCGCCCUACUAAGAACAUAAUAGUAGUGGUGUUGGAGCGUAUUUACGGGGAGGUAUUUGGAUCAAGAUAAAGGGCCCUUGCAUGACUACCCUGACUUGAUGGAUUAAAUCCUAUGUCCGAAAAGGAAAUAGAAUAAAAAAGGAGUGGGCUGAGGCGGUAAAUGAAUUAUCGUAUGUAAUAUAUGUAAUGUACCUA